AUGAGCCGAAAGUCGACUCCCAGUAUCAAAGUGAGAGAUGAAGGUGACAGAGUCUCUGGCACAAACUUGAACCCACUCACUACCUCAGCAGCUACUCGUUCUGCCUCAGCAAAUCGCACACCUUUCGCUGUCUUACACUCAGAAAAGGUCAAUAACAUCCAGCAACCAAAAUCCAAGGAUAAGACUUCAUCUGAGGGCACUGAAGCAAAACCUAUGAGCACUAUGGAAGAUAUUCUUUGCCGUCUCAAGCUCAAUGAUUCUCGCAAAGUCAGCCCUCCUACCACGGACACCAAGCCUCCGAAACCUGACUUUGAAAUCUUUGAUAAACUUGUCAACAAUCUACAGGACCAGAGCAAGACUUUGAAAAGACAAGAGAAGGAACUCAAGAAUGAGGCAGAAGGUGAAAGCAACAAAGCCAGUGACCGUUCUUCCGGUUCAACUAUCUACACCCCCAACACCGAUGCUUCCGGUUCACAGAAGCCAGUCCCGCAAUCCUCGGGUACCGGCAAGGUAGACAUGGUAGAUUUGAUGCGUGUCAAGCAAGAACUUGAGGCAGCCAGAUCAGUCAUUUCCCGCCAGGAACAGGAGCUUGCUGAAACACGCACUCUCAAGCACACCAUGGAUCAGGCCAUGGGUCCUCCUUCUGAAGUUGAUUUCGGUGCUCCUAAUGACAUCAGCGAGCAAACGAUUGGCCAUCUCCAGAGUGCCUUCAAUGCUUCUGCCCGGCCAUUCACUUCUCGCAAUGAGUCUUGGGCUGCCCAAGAAGCACAACGUCAGGACCAGGCCGAGGUGUUGAGUACUGCAAACUUUGGACGUGGCCGAGGCAUCUGGAACAACACUUCGGGCUCUAUGGCGGACGUGUUGAAUGCCAAUGCUUCUGUUCUUGGAUACAACAACCCCCGCGAUGCUCGUGCCCCUGGCCAGUAUCCUAGUGUCUACGGAGGUACCAUAUCUCCUGUUGAAGCUUUUCCGCCUCGCAACCUCGCCCCUCCUCCCGCUCCUUUCAGCUACGACAUGCGACCAGGCAAUGAUGUCAUGCAGUUCAACCCUUCUCUUGGUGUCAGACGCAACAACGGACAACUGAGAAUCAAUCCAGGACUGGUUGACCCAUUAGCUCAAUAUGGCAACCUUUCUGGCACUGCUUCAGCACUGACGCCUCCCCCGAUCAGCCCACUGGGCAUGCCUGCGCAGUUCAGCUACCAACGUGCUCUUACAAGUCCAAUGUCUCCACCGUCGACCGAAUUUCCCGUCAAUGGUAUUCCAGGAACUAGCAACCCGUGGACUGUUCCGGCUACUGGAGCAAAUGGACAAACUUACAUUACUCCUCUAGAGCCGAUGAACUAUCGUCGCCUUCUUGAUAAGUCAGUCUCAUGCGACUGGAAGUACAUUGUCGACAAGAUCGUCUGUAACAAUGACCAACAAGCAAGCAUCUUCCUCCAACAGAAGCUCAAGGUCGGCACAGCUGAGCAGAAGUUCGAGAUCGUCGAGUCUAUCGUGGCGCAAGCAUACCCGUUGAUGAUCAAUCGUUUCGGUAACUUUCUUGUCCAGCGAUGCUUCGAACAUGGUACUCCUGACCAGGUCGUUGCUAUUGCGAACGCAGUCCACGGCAAUGUGAUUGCUCUCAGCAUGGACCCUUUCGGUUGUCACGUUAUACAGAAGGCAUUCGAUUCGGUGCCAGAGGAUCACAAGGCCGCCAUGGUCCGCGAACUUCUUCGCCGGAUUCCCGACACUGUGAUUCAUCGAUAUGCGUGCCACGUUUGGCAGAAAUUGUUUGAGCUCAGAUGGAGUGGUGAGCCGCCACAGAUCAUGCUGGAAGUCAACAAAGCUCUCCGAGGCAUGUGGCAUGAAGUUGCUCUAGGUGAAACCGGCAGCCUCGUCGUCCAGAACAUUUUCGAGAAUUGUAUCGAAGAGGAAAAACGCCCGGCCAUCGAAGAAGUCAUCACCAACAUUGACCUCAUUGCCCAUGGACAAUUCGGCAACUGGUGCAUUCAACAUUUGUGCGAGCACGGCUCCCCUCCAGACAAGCGCCGUGUCAUUGACCACAUCCUGGCCAACUCCUACAACUACAGCAUUGACCAAUUUGCUUCCAAAGUUGUUGAAAAAUGCCUCAAGAUUGGAGGUUCGGAAUUUUUGGAUCGUUAUCUUGGGGUUAUCACCACUGCUCACCCUGAUCGUCCACGCAUCCCUCUCAUUGACAUUGCGGGCGACCAAUACGGCAAUUACUUGAUCCAAUGGAUUCUCAUGAACACCCACCAUCAUCAGCGCGAACAAGUGGCCAUUCAUAUCCGCAAGCACAUGGUGUCUCUCAGAGGUUCGAAAUUUGGUUCCCGUGUUGCUAUGCUGUGCUGCAACCCUAACUCGGUCACUCGUCCUGGUCCUGGCGCUUCUGUCAAUCCGUUUGGUGCUCCAGGCCAACCACGAAGCCAGUGGCCACGAUUCCGCUGA